AUGCCUAUAGAUGCAAAACAUCCUGUUAUUAUGGAUGUAGAUAAGGCUGCUGAACGAAAAAACUCCCACACAAACUUAUCGCAACGGUGCAUUCUUGCCGUUGGAGAUACAGGGCUGGGAAAGAGCUUUACAGCAAAAGUUUUGGGUGCGGAAGAAGCGGAAAUUGGAAACGGGACGGGCUCUAAAACGGCGUCUGUUAAUGUUUAUACCAUUAAGGUCGCUAAUAAAAACGGAGAAAAUAAGUCAACACUCUACAUUGACACGCCUGGCUUUGCUGACACUAACGCUGAUACUGACAAAAGCAAGACCGAUGAAGAAACCAAACGUAGGAUUUUUAACAAUAUGCUAAAAGCAGGAGUUACGAACUUGACGACAAUUUUGUGGUUUGUAAAACCUGGAAUUAAAGCGGAUAACAUGUAUAAACGUCAAGCAGAAUUUAUAGAAUCUUUGGCAAUGGGUUAUAAUAAUAAUAACUGCAAUGUAUGGGAUAAUACCAUCAUUGUCAUUAAAGACGAAGAACCUGAUACAGAAGAUACGGUAGGCGGCCCUAGUAACGCAGGCAGCCUGACUAACGCAGACGGUCCUAUUCAAGCGGCUAGAGAAAUAGCCCAAAAAUUACAUAAUACCGAAGACGAUCGUCUUUCUAAGACUCGGUGUUUUUUUAUUUUAUUAUUUGAGAAAUUUAGGGCUAAAAGGAAAAAAGAUAUGAUAGAGAAAUCAAGCGACGAGUUAAACAAACUUGGUUUCUAUAGAGAGAAUGAACACGAACGAAUACGCAAAAGAUACGAAUCGUUAAUGGAGAACCAUAUUGAGCAUCCCAUAUGUCUCAACCUUAAGAGCGUCAAGUGUUCGAAGUGUUCCGAAAAAACUGACCCGAGAAUUGCGGGUAAUAAAUGUCAUUCAGAGGUAGAACUUAUUCAUCCUAAUAUAAAGUCGACUCAUGUUGGAGAUGUUGAACUUAUACAUAGUGGUUGCACUCAAUACUAUCAUCGUAGUCAUUAUGUUGCAGCUACCACGAAACACGUGAUGGAUCAUAAUGUUAUACCUUGGGUGGUUCGUAUCGGUACUUUAGGAAUGGCAAAUCCUACUAAACUCGAAUUUGUAAACGGAUACUGGAGCUGCUGUAGAAAUAUUGAUGCCAAUUCAGUUGGAUGCCAACAGCGUUGUGGUUUUUGUAGUAAGGAGAUUACAGAUAGAGGAUGCGUACGUAUGUACAAGGGGUGCAAACACACUGAUGACGUAGGACCUUGCAAUAAUACUUGUGUUGCAUGUAGGAAAUCAUCGGACACGGAAGGUUGCACGGAGAAGUGCAAAAGGUGUAAUAAGCAUAAUCCAAGUAAUCUGCCAGGGUGCAGUGAAGUAGGUCAUGAUAAUGUAGAACAUGAUUUUUUCAAAUAG